AUCAGAGAUUACUCAAUUGAUCUUUACCCCGACCCAUCAUGUUCCGCUUCCAGUCUGCACGCGCACUUCAAGGCUCCACCCUCUCCCGUGCAGUCAUCGCUCGGCCUCAAUUCUUCUCGACAACACCGUCUCGCUUCGCUCAGAAGGAUGCGCAAGACAAAGACUCGCUGAAACCACGCUCGACCGAGUACAGCAAAUCUGGAUCAGACGAUAGCGCAGCACACUCAGACGCAGCUUUCAACCCCAACAAGACAAGCCCUGAAGAGGCAGAGAGGACCGCCGAGAAGGAGGCAGGCGGAAAGCAGAACAGCAUGAACGUCAGCCCUGGAAACAAGGAGAUCAGCGACCCGAAUAGCCCUGAUGUAGGAGGCAACGGAGGAGCACCGGAGAAGAAGAGCAGCGGCGGAGGCAGUGCGCCUAAGAACAGCUCAGGAUGAUUGGUAUGGUAGUGUGAGGAUUCUACAUGGAGCCAAGACUACGCACGCCCAGGAAUCUUACGGUGCUUAUAACGCCCAAUAGCAUAUGUGACACUUUUCAAAGGAACAUCAACGAGCAUCACAGCGCUGUUACGACAAUCGCGCGGUACUAGGCGUAUAGUGGGGAGUUUGUAAAUAGAGCAUCUGGAAAACAGAUUCUGUGCCACAAUUACCUCCGUUUGAACAUUUUUCUCUCACUCCGUCCCAAGCCAACCCUGCAGAUUUUCAGUCAAUGCUGCGCAAAUUCGGCUAAAGCAUC